GUGUCUGACUCAGUGAGUGGGCAAACUGUUGUGGACCCCAAAGGCUAUCUGACAGAUCUAAAUUCUAUGAUCCCAACCCACGGAGGGGACAUAAAUGACAUUAAGAAGGCACGGCUACUUCUCAAAUCUGUUAGAGAAACAAACCCUCAUCACCCACCAGCUUGGAUUGCAUCAGCUCGCCUGGAAGAAGUCACUGGAAAGCUACAAGUGGCUCGGAAUCUUAUUAUGAAGGGGACAGAGAUGUGCCCCAAGAGUGAAGAUGUCUGGCUAGAAGCAGCCAGGUUACAGCCUGGGGACACAGCCAAGGCUGUGGUGGCACAAGCUGUCCGUCAUCUCCCACAGUCUGUUAGGAUUUACAUUAGAGCAGCAGAGCUAGAAACAGACAUUCGAGCAAAGAAGCGUGUUCUUCGGAAAGCCCUUGAGCAUGUCCCAAACUCUGUUCGAUUGUGGAAAGCAGCUGUUGAGCUUGAAGAGCCUGAAGAUGCUAGAAUCAUGUUGAGCCGAGCGGUAGAGUGCUGUCCCACCAGUGUGGAGCUUUGGCUUGCUUUGGCAAGGCUGGAAACUUAUGAAAAUGCUCGAAAGGUCUUAAAUAAAGCUCGUGAGAACAUUCCCACAGACCGGCACAUCUGGAUCACCGCUGCCAAGCUUGAGGAGGCCAAUGGGAACACUCAGAUGGUGGAGAAGAUCAUUGACCGAGCCAUCACCUCCCUACGGGCCAAUGGUGUGGAGAUUAAUCGGGAACAGUGGAUCCAGGAUGCUGAAGAGUGUGACAGGGCAGGAAGUGUGGCCACUUGCCAGGCAGUCAUGCGUGCCGUAAUCGGUAUUGGGAUUGAGGAGGAAGAUCGCAAACACACCUGGAUGGAAGAUGCUGACAGUUGUGUGGCCCACAAUGCUUUGGAGUGUGCACGAGCCAUCUAUGCCUAUGCCCUACAAGUCUUCCCCAGCAAGAAGAGUGUGUGGUUGCGAGCUGCAUACUUUGAGAAGAACCAUGGUACCAGGGAGUCUCUGGAAGCACUCCUGCAGAGGGCUGUGGCCCACUGCCCCAAGGCAGAGGUGCUGUGGCUCAUGGGUGCCAAAUCCAAGUGGCUGGCAGGGGAUGUGCCUGCAGCAAGGAGCAUCUUGGCCCUGGCCUUCCAGGCCAACCCCAACAGUGAAGAGAUUUGGCUGGCGGCUGUAAAGCUGGAGUCCGAGAACAAUGAAUACGAGCGAGCCCGGAGGCUGCUGGCCAAGGCACGGAGCAGCGCACCCACUGCCCGUGUAUUCAUGAAAUCUGUGAAGCUGGAGUGGGUGUUGGGGAACAUCACUGCUGCCCAGGAGUUAUGUGAGGAGGCUCUGAGGCACUAUGAAGACUUCCCCAAGCUGUGGAUGAUGAAGGGGCAGAUUGAGGAGCAGGGGGAACUGAUGGAGAAGGCCCGAGAGGCCUAUAAUCAAGGGCUGAAGAAAUGUCCUCACUCCACACCACUGUGGCUCUUACUCUCCCGGCUUGAAGAAAAGAUUGGGCAGCUGACUCGUGCUCGGGCCAUUUUGGAAAAGUCUCGUCUAAAAAACCCGAAGAAUCCUGGGCUAUGGUUGGAGUCAGUGCGACUGGAGUACCGUGCAGGGCUGAAGAACAUUGCCAACACACUCAUGGCCAAGGCACUGCAGGAGUGCCCCAAUUCUGGUAUCCUGUGGUCUGAAGCUGUCUUCCUUGAGGCAAGGCCCCAGAGAAAGACCAAGAGUGUGGAUGCUCUGAAGAAAUGUGAACAUGACCCCCAUGUGCUUUUAGCAGUGGCUAAGCUGUUCUGGAGUGAACGAAAGAUCACCAAGGCACGGGAGUGGUUCCAUCGCACUGUGAAAAUUGACUCAGAUCUGGGGGAUGCCUGGGCCUUCUUCUACAAAUUUGAACUGCAACAUGGCACUGAGGAGCAACAGGAAGAGGUGAGGAAGCGCUGUGAGAAUGCAGAGCCCCGGCAUGGAGAGCUAUGGUGUGCUGUGUCCAAGGAUAUCACCAACUGGCAGAGGAAGAUUGGGGAAAUACUAGUGCUGGUAGCCGCCCAUAUUAAAAAUACCUUCUGAUAGCUGGGGUGGAAGACAGAGCACUUUGCAAAGGGCAACACAUGGACAGUGAACACAAAGCCUACACUGUAUAUCUUUUAUCCAUUAAAGAUUUUUAUAGAGUUA